AUGGAUUGUAAUAGCAGUACCAUUCAGAUGGAGACUGCUGAAUCCGAUCCCGACACUCUAAAUGAGGCAGACCAAACCUUGUGGAAUGACAUGCUACGCAAUAGUAUUUUACCAGAAGUGGUCCAGACACAAGGACAAACCAGCGAACAAUAUUUCAGGGGAGAGCUAGAACCCAGUGACAGCGUUUCUCACGAACUAUCUGAACAUGCUACGCCGGGGGAAGAGUUAGCACCCAGUGACAGCAUUUCUCAAGAAUUUUCAGAAGAUGCAUCGGAUCCUCCAGCUGAUUCUACAGCACAUUAUUGCGCCGAAUAUUGUGACUCUGUUCCAGAUAGCAACAAAGCAGUUGCAAAUGACUCGGAUAUUUAUGACGACGAUAAAGACGAUGCGGAAUCCGGACUUGAGUCGCACAAUGACGAGGAAACAGCUGACGAUGAUAACGCUGAUGAUACAGACGCAGAUGAUGAUACAGCUUCAGGUGAAGAGAGACUGCUCACUGAUACUGGACAUAUAACAGACCCUGAAGUGACUCGAAAUGAAUCUGUCUAUGCUGCAAGUGACUACAAUUAUGAUUGUUUAUUCGAUCCAAGUGACAUGUUGGAGGCUGUGAACGGCACCACGACGUUGACCAUUGCCAAUGAUCAGCUGAUCGGCCACAGAAGACCCAGAGAUGUCGAAGUCAGGCGAAGUAGAGAGCACAAAAGAAUAAAAGAGGAUCACAAAAGAGCAAAGAUCACUCCGCGUCUACCCAUAUUGAGAAAGAAUGAUCAGCAAUGUAUACUGAACCAGCGCGAAGAUUUCACGGUUAACGCUGCAUUCAGAACACCAAAGAACGUUGAAAGCGAAGCGUACGGUACUCGCGCAAGUGAUAUUCGGACACCAAAGAACUUUCGUCAGGCGAUGUGCUCGAAAUAUGCAACCCAGUGGAAAGCAGCUAUGGACGAAGAAUUGGAAGCAAUGAAGUCCAAGGGAGUGAUCACAUUAAUUUCGAAACGAGAGAUGCUUGAAGACACUAAAGCGAUCAAGACAAUGUGGGUCUAUAGUGUUAAAACGGACCACUUAGGCAACGUUAUCCGUCUUCGAGCAAGAAUUGUGGCUCGAGGUGACAAACAACGCCCAGGAAUUGACUAUGGAGAAACCUUCAGUCCUGUAGCACGUAUGGCGACUUUCAGGAUGUUCGUGGCCAUUUGCCUAUUGAUGGACUUGACCAUUUACCAGGGUGAUAUCAACACGGCCUACCUGAAUGCACCCUUGGGGAUCAAGCAGUACUUGGACUCUAUAGAUGGAUAUCCUUCUGAAACUGACGACAUGGUAUAUGUUGUUCACAAGGCACUGUAUGGUCUUAAACAGUCUGGUCGAGAGUGGAACACCGAAGUAAAUGCGUGGUUUUUACGGUAUGGGUUUAAGCGUUGCACUACAGAACCGUGUCUGUAUUACUACGAUUCAGGUUCUAAGUUCGUAUUGGCACUACUCUACGUGGAUGACAUUCUGUGUGCAACCAAGAAUGAAUUAUUCAAGACGAAAAUGUUUCGGAGUCUGGACGAGGUCUAUGGAAUGAAGGAUCAAGGUCUACUUAGCACUUAA